AAAAGUUUUAGUUAUCUUGCAGAAUCGUGAUGGAUAAGAUGUUGCAGACAGUUUUUGUAUUAUUUUGCUUGGCUACGGUUGCCAUGGCUACGACAAAGUUACGUAUGGAGGAUCACACCAGGUUAAAUGGGGAGCAAAGGGCAGCGCUAGACGAGCUGAUGAAGCGAGUUCUCCCUAAAAUUAAGGAGGACUGGGUCAAGGAUGAGUUAUACAUUUUGAAAUUUCUUCGAGCCAAAAAUUUCAACGUGGAUGAUGCUGAGCUGUACUUCCUUGGGCAUCUCUCGUGGCGCGAAGAUAACAAAAUGAGAUCCAUUCUGACCGAGGAUUUUUCCGAUAUGAAGAAAGAUUUCCCCUACAAAUUGGAUGGUCAUGAUAAACAAGGGCGGCCACUCUUGAUCAUGGACUUUGGCCAGUGGGAUUUGGACGGGGCUGCUGCACGUGGCAAGAUUGACCGCGUGCUCCGCUACUAUGACCGCAUUUUGGAAGAAGUGGAACACAAAGUACUCACAGAACAGCGCCGAGGAAAAAAUAUUACACAAUUCAUGUGGGUCAUGAACCAAGAGGAGAAAGCCUCCGUCAGUUUUGCUAGUGCCCGCUGUUAUUAUCAUGCAGCCGACGUUUAUGAAAAACAACAUCCUGGCGCCGGUUCGAAAGUAAUGUUCAUAAAUUCUCCGUCUCUCUUUACCCCGGUCAUGUCUGCGCUUCGUCCCAUGUUAUCGGAACAAACGAACGACAUCUUUGACAACUAUGCAGACGAGACGGAAUGGAAACCUGUCCUGUUGGAUUUGGUCGACCCGUCCCAGCUGCCCCCUUCCUACGGGGGAACGAAAGGGAAACCCAAGAAAAAGGCCAACCUUCUCGUGGGGACGUUUCACCGGGAUGAAAACGGAAAGUGGUGGUGGCCCUCGCUUUUCGGAGGAAGAAACUGAUUCGAUUUCUAAACCUAAAUAAAAAAAGGUAUAAUAUUCAAUUGGAAAAAUUUAGAUUUUGAAAAUUAACUAUAUGUAUGGGAAAUAAAUUUGCAUUUCAUUCUUCCGUUCUUGAAAUCUUGAUCAACACACAUAUUUAAAUCUACAGAUAUGUAGAUCAAAGAAUGUAUUCAUAAACACCUGUGGGUUGUGCGAUAAAUAUGUACAUAUGUACAAUUAACCAAUUCGCCUUUGUUUGAACAAUGUGAAAAAAGUAUUGUCCAUUUGCUUUUAGCAUUUUAUCUAAUCUUAGUCAACUUCAUGUAUUUUAUAAUUGGAAGUUUUGGCGAAGAAAACUAGGAAAAUUCUUACUUUAUUUCAAAUUCUGCACAUCUGAAUUUAUAAUACAUUUGCUUUGAAAAAUAAAAAAAAUCAUGCCAAA